AUGUCUGCAUUAUCAAAAUACAAUAAGACUUUGGAGUUGUAAAGCAUAGCUGAAGACAAAUCAAAUAACAUUUUUUCUUCAGAAGAAGUUUUUAAGAAAAUAUUAGACCUUUUCCUCAGAUAAUUGAAAAAAAAAGAAGAUAAAAAAUUGGCUAUCGAAUAUCUCAUUUCACAAUUUCCUAACAAUAGUGACCUUAUUAAUUUGAGGGCCAGUUUAAAUGAAGGAGUGAUAAGGAGGAUUUUACAGACAUUCAGCGUCAACGAUUUCGGAUUAAUGGAAAAUAAGAAGAUUAAUUUAUAAUAUGAUAGACUGUAUAAUGUAAUGUAAAAUAAAGAUUGGAUAAGUCUUCAUUAACUUUUAGAAGAAAGAGACUUUUUUGUAAUUUGUAGAUUCCCAACUUCUUUGUAAAGGUAAAAACAUAUUUUUGAAAAACUUCAACAUCAUGGCUUUAGAAUUAUUGAAUUAAUGUUGUAGUGUAGAAAUACUUCAUUUUAAUUAAAUUCUAUUAUUUUGAAAAAUUUGAUAUUUUUUUUUUUUCUACCUAAAGAAUUAGAGAUAAAUGAUUAAGAAAAAACAGGAUUGUUUCAAAUAUUAGGAGAAAUAUUAUGUAAUAGUUGGAUUUAAUUUGAAUAUCAUUAUCAGUAGUUAUAAUAGAAAAAUUAAGACUAACUUCAGUUAAAAGCUCUAUAAGAAAUAUUAAAUUUGUUGAAGAAAGACUUAAAAAUAUUACAUGACUCAAUAAUUCAAUUAUUGAAUAAAUUAUUAAAUAAUAAUACUACAGGGAAUUUAAAUUUUCUUAUUGUUGAAAAUUUGAUAGAAAAAUUAUUACCAAUAAAUUUUGAUCUUUAAAAUAUCUUCUAUUUGAUGUGUUUCUACUGUUUAAUUAGCUUUGACAAUCAUUAUAGAAAAAUUUUGGCCUAAAAUAAUAAAGUAUAAAAGUAUAUGUAACUUGAUUAAUACAUCUAAUGCAGAGUGAGUGAAAAUAACCAACUUAAUAUGGAGCUAAUAAAUAGGGUUUAGUCGUAUUACAAAAAUUAAUGUGUCAGAAAAGAUGAAUUGGAUAAAUGGAAAAUUUGGUCUUUCAGCGAAUUGAUAGAAAUUAUUAUUGAAGAAAAAUUUUUAUAAUCUGAUUAAAAAAUAGCAUGUCGUAAACUUGAAUUCAUAGUCAUAUUCAUAAUAAAAUCCAAAAUUUUUUAAUUUGCUGACAAAUAUAAGUGCUGA